AUGGCCUCAUCAUCUGAAAAAGUCGCUAAUAUUGCUGUUUCUGGGGCACCCGAAAAGAGCGACCCUGAGCGUACUUCCAUUUCUAGCGAUGAUCCGGGUCUCACUCAGCCUCUCGUAGGAAACGAAGAAUUGUGGAGAGGCACUCGCCCGCAUGACAACUACGAAGGACUUCACCGAUGGGAUCCCACCGCGACUUGGGAUCAGGAAGAAGAGAAGGCUCUUGUACGCAAGAUUGACAUCCGUUUGAUGACAUGGCUUUGUCUCAUGUUUUUCGGCCUUCAAAUGGACCGCGGAAACAUCGGCAAUGCAUUAACUGAUAAUUUGUUGGCGGAUCUUAAUCUGACUACCAAUGACUACAACAAUGGCACUACUAUCCAGCUGCUCGCGUUCCUCGUGGCAGAGCUACCGUCCCAGUACAUGAUCAAGCGACUGGGGAUGGAGCGCUGGCUUCCCGGGCUGAUGGUAUGCUGGUCCAUGGUGUCUUGGGCCCAGGCUUGGAUCAACAACCGCACGACUUUCUACAUCACCCGCGCAUUGAUUGGUGCAUUUGAAGGCGGUUUCAUCCCCGGUGUGAUCUUGUAUGCAACCUACUGGUACACCAGCAAGGAAUUGGCCAUCCGUCUAUCCUGGUUCUGGGCUACUCUCAACGUUGCUCGCAUCGCCACAGGUCUGCUGGCUUCUGGUAUCCUGCAAAUGCGUGGUAUUCGGGGCAUGGCUGGCUGGCAAUGGAUGUUCCUGCUAGAAGGUCUGUUCACAGCGGUCGUGGGUAUAAUCAGCUGGUAUUAUCUUCCAAGUUCCCCAACAAGAACAAAGCGUGGGAUUUGGGCAAAGAAGGCUUGGUUUACCGAACGCCAAGAAGUUAUUGCAAUUAACCGUAUCUUGAGAAAUGAUCCUGCAAAGGGCCUGGUGCAAAUUCACGAACCACUUAAAUGGAAUGAUUUCAAGAAUGCAUGGGCGGAUCCUUCUCUCUGGGGCUUGUACUUCAUUGGCCUUAUCGCAUACAUCCCUCAAGGACCAGUUACGGGCUACCUUAACCUCAGUCUAAAGAACCUUGGAUUCUCCACCAUUGAAAGCAAUUUACUCGGAAUUCCGGCUGCAGCAUUGCAAAUCAUCACUAUGUUAGCUUUGUCCAGGUCUUCGGAUUACUUUGGAGACCGUUCACUACAUGUGUUAUUCGGCGAGAUUUGGAGCCUGGGACCACUUAUUGCGCUUGCAUAUCUCCCUCACCAUGCAUCCAACUGGAGCCGCUUCGCUAUUAGCACUCUUAUUGGGGGAUAUCCGUACUUUCAUCCGAUUGUUACUAGUUGGGUGUCAGAAAACAGCUUUGACGUCAAGAAACGGGCCGUCGCUGCUGCUACUUACAAUGUUAUUGUGCAAAUAGGAAGCGUAAUUUCGUCUCAACUGUAUCGGAAGGAUGAUGCACCACUAUAUUACCGUGCGAACAAAAUCCUGUUCUCUUUGUGUAUUGCAUCGGCGGCUGUAGUUCUCCUCCAAAGGUGGUGGUUGCGCCGACUGAAUGCUGCCAAAGAGCGAGCCUGGAAUAAGCUUACCCAAGAACAGCAGAUUGAAUAUCAGUCGGACGAGGCGGCGCGCGAGCGCGAUGGAAACCCAACAUUUCCGCAGAUAUCGCACCUGGUGGCUCGCACGAGGCGCAAGGCCCCCGCGCUUGAGCUCGAAACACUUGCACCUUGCGAAAUGAACAUCAAGCACGAGGUGGAUAGAAGCAAUCCCCCGGGGCCAGUGAUAUCCAAGUACUUCAGUAUGAAGGGUGCGGAGAGGUUGGACCAGCCUAGGCUUGACGAACGUGAUAUUGGGGUAUCAGUGCUUGCUACCAGGUCUGGAACGAGAGAGUCUAGAGUUGACCCAAAGGUUCGUUUAAACGAGGAGCCGGUACACUCGCCUCGGGUUGCAACUCGCUCAGCCCUCGUGGAUGAACUGAAUAAAGUCGAUCCGGAGUGGGUAUCGAAGAAACACAGGAGAGCGGCGGCAGGAGAGAAGAGUGAAAGUAACGAGUCUGUGGUCAAGCAACCGAGGCCAAAGAAACGACGCCUCAAACGGGGUUACGCGCCUCCCGAUGUAUAUGCACAUCUCAAUUAUGUCCAGGACUGUUUGGAUUACGAUCUGAAUAUUUUGUUUUGCGGGAUCAAUCCUGGACAGAAAUCAGCCGGAGAGGGACAUCAUUUUGCCAACCCUCUCAAUGGGUUUUGGAGAUGCUUACAUCAAGGGGGUUUGACUGACGCAUUGAUCCCGCCUUCUGAGGAUCAUACAUUACCUGAGCGCUUUAGACUAGGGAUAGUCAACCAGACCAACUUGGUAGAUCGGCCUUCAGCUGAGAUGAUGGAACUAUCCAUGGCGGAGCGGCGGGCAGCAGUGCCCGGAUUUCUACAAAAGGUGCAUAAGUGGCGACCCAAGAUUGUAUGCAUGGUCGGUAAAGGUAUAUGGGAAGAUGUUUUUGCUUAUAUCGCCAAGGCAAGCAAAGGUAAAGGAGAUACAGGCGGAAUAAUUGUUGAGCGCUGCCCAAACAGAGCUGGUCACAGGGGCUGGGAUGAGCUGAAGGCCGGGUUUGAAUUUGAUGUACAGCCGGUAUGCCUUUUGCAUAACCUUCCGGAAACUGAAGGGGGGUCCAAAGAUGAUGAUCAAUGCAUGCCCGUGGGUAUCAAACGAACGCUGUUUUUCGUGGUCCCGAGUACAUCCACUCGAGUGCGAGCUUAUCAGCUAGCUGAUAAGAUUACAUUAUUCCAGCUGCUAAGGAAACGGUGGGAGGAACUGGAGGCUGGAGCAAUGACCAAAUCCGUCGAGUGGCAGAUCCGAGUUUCAGACACAGUCAAGCUGCCACUCACGUAUCCAACAACCGAUCAUCCCCCUUGGAUUGAACCACCUCCAUAUCCUCGCUUCAACAUGAACUCACCGACCAAGUUUGCUCCCAGGACUGCUGCUCCUCGCCCACCACUGCCGAGCCAUGCAUUCAACCCGCUGAUAGCAUCGAUGGAUAAGGCAGAGCCCGCGCCUGUCAAGUUCCAAGUGAUUACCCGAGAGGGACAGGACAUUAUUGUCGGUCGAGUGAAAAUACCGACACCGAACGGGAACCAUGCGUUCAUCUUGCGUCGCUUUGACACGGGUGCGAUCAGUUUGUCAACGAUGUUCAGGGCAGCCUUCCCCACUGCCGGAGAUGAAGCUGAAAAAGUCGACUCUAACUGGGUCAAGACUAACUAUGAUCUCACUGGCGCCAAUGGAGGAGGCAAGCUCCGCCUUGCCGGUACAUGGGUCCCUCCGGCGCUUGCUGUGCAUCUUGCCUCGUCUUACAGCUUGGCCCAGGUUAUCUAUCCUUUGGCCGAAGCCCAGCCCGAUGCUACUGCCUCGUACCGCAAGUCGAGUCGCCACACUACCAACGGCCCAGUGAACACCAACAUGGGCGCUUUGUCCACACCACUGAAGACUACACGAGCCACUAACCCAACUGAUUCCCCCAGCACACAUCCCUCCAAGCGCACUAAGCGCGAGUCUGCCUCUCCCGCCCGCGCUCGGAUCGCACCCGUAUCUCCUCUCAAACAGACCCCUCUUCCACUAUGA